AAAAGGAGCGUCGGCCGCAAGGUUUAGCGAGGGAGGAACGGGUUUAGCCGCUGCGGAUCCGGUUCCUCCUGGGAGGUUGUCGGGAGGGGCGCCCCGCCCAGCCGCGUCCAUCCCCUGGGGCUGUCUCCAACAAAACCGCGUCCUUUGCUUCCGGCAUCGCUUUAUGUGAGCUCCUGCAGCCCAGCUCUGUUAUCCGACGGACACCGCCGCCCUUCUUCCCUAGCUCUCGCCCGGAGAUCUAAACUCGGGACUGAUUGUUAAGAACAAGCCUAAGGUUUGAAGUGUGACCCUUAAGAAACAGAAACCCAAAGGCACCAGGUCUUCUCCCCAAGGUCUACUGUUUCUGGAAUCUGUGAUGACCAAGGUGGUAGGCAUGGCCACAGUUCUGGGCCCCAGGCCACCUCAGGAGCCAUUGGGGCCUUCGACCAUUAAUGCUGAAGAGGAUGAAGAGAAAGACAGCUGCCGCCCUAGCCUAGAGAUAUCCCGUCAACGCUUCAGGCAGUUUGGGUACCAUGACACUCCUGGGCCUCGAGAGGCACUGAGCCAGCUUCGGGUGCUCUGCUGUGAGUGGCUGCAGCCGGAGAUCCACACCAAGGAGCAGAUUCUAGAGCUGCUGGUCCUGGAGCAGUUCCUGACCAUCCUGCCCCGAGAGCUCCAGGCCUGGGUGCAGCAGCACUGUCCCGAGAACGCAGAGGAGGCCGUCACUCUCCUGGAAGACCUGGAGCAAGAACUGGAUGAGCCGGGGCUGCAGGUCUCAUCUCCUCCAAAUGAACAGAAGCAGGCUUGGGAGAAGAUGUCAACUUCAGAAACUACAGUGGAGUCCUUAAGCAGUACCCAGGCUCAGUCUGUGGAUGCCAGCCCCAAAUAUGAGUUUUGGGGGCCCCUGUAUAUCCAAGAGACUGGUGAGGAGGAGGUUUUCACUCAGGAUCCAAGAAAGCGUCAAGGUUUGAAAUCGAAUCCUCAGAAGGAGGACUCAGCAGAUGAGCAGAGAAGUUCUGAAGAGGAGUCUCACGCAGACGGACUCAAAAGGGACAUCAUCCCUGUGAUUGCUGCCAAUAAGUACAGUAGAUCCAGGUCACAAAAGCAGUGGGCCAACAGUCUGGAAAGGGGGAGGGGAGCAAAAGCUUCUCUGCAAGACACAGGUUCCAGGAAAGGGGCAGAACCAGUGUCUGCUAAGGCUGCCCCAGGAGAGAAGCGUUACAUAUGUGCAGAGUGUGGGAAGGCCUUUAGCAAUAGCUCAAACCUCACAAAGCACCGGAGAACACACACUGGGGAGAAGCCUUAUGUGUGUACCAAGUGUGGGAAGGCUUUCAGCCACAGCUCCAACCUUACCCUUCAUUACAGAACACACUUAGUGGACCGGCCCUAUGACUGUAAGUGUGGGAAAGCCUUUGGGCAGAGCUCAGACCUCCUUAAACAUCAAAGGAUGCACACUGAAGAGGCGCCCUACCAGUGUAAAGACUGUGGGAAAGCCUUCAGUGGGAAGGGCAGCCUCAUUCGACACUACCGCAUCCACACGGGGGAGAAGCCCUAUCAGUGUAACGAUUGUGGAAAGAGUUUUAGUCAGCAUGCAGGUCUCAGUUCCCAUCAACGCCUGCAUACAGGGGAGAAGCCCUAUAAGUGUGAGGAGUGUGGCAAAGCCUUCAACCAUAGUUCAAAUUUUAAUAAGCAUCAUAGAAUCCAUACUGGCGAGAAACCCUACUGGUGUAACCACUGUGGGAAAACCUUCUGUAGCAAAUCAAAUCUUUCCAAACAUCAGAGAGUCCACACUGGAGAGGGGGAAGCACUGUAACUGGUCCUCUUCUGUCAUCGUCAUCAUCGUCGUCGUCCUUGUUGUAAACUUUAGAAUGUGAGUGCUAGGAAGCAGCUCUGUAAUACUGUGGUGUUUGCUGGUAGAUUUUGCUCUAGUCAUCGAGGGUUGCCAAGGAGAGAGAACUCCACAGUGACAAGGCAGAGUGUCAGCAGCUCAACAGUGCUUACCUCGGCCAGCAGGGGAGGGUCUCUCCUCACACUCCAGGCCCUAGUGAACAAAGCUGACAUUGCCUUCUACGUAGUUAAACUGAUGUGUGUCCAGUCUAGUUAAGAAAGAAACAUUAAAAUUGUCUGUUUUAACAUAUAUUCCACAGUUGUAGUUUGUAAAGAAUUGAGCCACCUUGAACCGUCUGUUUCUGAAUAAACGUAUAGCAUCAUGUAA